AGCUUUGUUGUAGAACAAGAGCGAGCCAUGGUGUGCAUUCCUUGUAUUGUCAUUCCGAUUCUCCUGUGGGUCUACAAGAAGUUCCUUGAGCCGUACAUCUAUCCCGUUAUCGCACCUUUCAUUAAGCGUGUAUGGCCCAAGAAAGCUGUGCAAGAAACAACGGCCACAAAAAAGGGUCAGGGAGGCGGCACUGGAAACCCACGGGCACCUUCAGCCACAAAAAGAGAUCAGGAGGAUGAAUCUGGAAUUUAUAAAUUUGAAAGCAAUGGGGUUGCAAAUGGAAUUGCUACAAAGGGAGACACAGAUGCUUCUGACAAGAAAACAGAUUAAAUGAAUUUAUUUACAAGGUUUUUCUCCCA